AUGGGUCUUCUCUGCCGGCGGCUGGGGGAUCCAGCUCCUCACACGGAACCUGCAGUCUUCUUCCUGGGCUCGUCAUCUGCUUUCAUGACUAUGUGCGAGUCUGGAAGUUUUGCGGCAUCACGUUCUAGACGUGAGAAGAAGUCUAGAAGAGGCCAGCAAGCAGCACUGGAACGUCUGAAAAAAGCCAAAGCCGGUGAAAAAAUAAAAUAUGAGGUUGAGGAGUUCACAGGUGUUUAUGAUGAAAUAGAUGAGGAAGAGUACUCCAAGAUGGUCAGAGAACGUCAGGAUGAUGACUGGAUUGUUGAUGAUGAUGGGAUAGGUUAUGUAGAAGAUGGAAGGGAAAUCUUUGAUGAAGAUCUGGAUGAUGAUGCUCUUGGUUCCAAUAAGAAAGGAAAAGGUGGCAAAACAUCUACGGUUGAUAAAAAGAACGUGAAAAAGUCUGUGGUGUCAAAGCCAAACACAAUUAAGUCCAUGUUUUUAGCCAGUGCUGGGAAGAAAAACACAGAUAAAACUGUGGACCUGUCAAAGGAUGAUUUACUAGGGGAUAUUCUUCAAGAUCUUAAUGCUGAAGCUGUUCAGCUAAGUCCGCCACCAGUUAUAAUGUUGAAAAGGAAAAGAUCUGCUGGAGUACCACUGAAUCCUUUCUCCGUGCAGUCCCAGACUCCUAAGGUAAUCACCCCUAUAUCAAAGAAAGCUCCUGCUCAUCUCAGAAAGGAAACUCUUCCUCCAGCUUCAUUUCAUCCUAAACAUCCCAAUUACACAGCAAAAUCUGUCAUAGUCUCUGAAAAUGAGGAUACCAAGUAUGUGCAAAAAACUACAGAAAAUGUGGGAAUAGUGAAGACAGUAAGAGAGAAAGCUAUUGAAGAUGAUGAUCAGGGAAUGAUGGAUUUUGAGGAGGAGGACUUUGAUGAACCUAUGGAAGCAGAACAUGUGGAAACUAUACCUGAGGCAGCUGAAAGCUUGAAGAGAGACAACGAAAUUGAAAAGAAAGACAGUGAGCAGCUGGAAUCACAGAAGAAAGAUACAUCUGUCUUAAGUUCUUCUCUCCCAGGCAUCUCAUGUUGGGAUGGAAUUGAUGAGGACGAAGUUGAUCUAGCAAUGGCGGAAGUUCAGCUGGACCCCAAUCUCCUUCCACUUGUGAAUGGGGAAAAUGAUGAUCAAGUCUUAAGGUUUUAUUGGCUAGAUGCUUACGAAGAUCAGUACAGUCAGCCAGGCGUGGUAUUCUUGUUUGGCAAAGUUUGGAUUGAAUCUGCAAAUACUUAUGUCAGCUGUUGUGUGACAGUGAAAAAUAUUGAGAGAACUGUGUAUCUACUGCCACGUGAAACAGAAAUCGACCUAUCCAUUGGCAAAGAGACGGAGACUCCGGUAACUAUAAUGAGUGUUUUCAAGGAAUUUAAUGACUGUAUUUCACCGAAGUACAAGAUCAUGAAGUUCAAAUCCAAG